CGUAUGCAAUGGGCAUGUAGUUAAGUCCCUAUGCUAUGCAUUAUCACAGAUGGAAUAUACACACUGACCUCUUCACACGGAAUCUCCUACCAGACCUUCUGUGACAUGACUACAAAUGGAGGAGGAUGGACUUUGGUGGCCAGUGUGCAUGAGAACUACAUGGCAGGGAAGUGCACUGUGGGGGAUCGCUGGUCCAGCGAACAAGGAAAUCGAGCUGACUAUCCAGAGGGGGAUGGAAACUGGGCAAACCAUGCAACAUUUGGGUCACCUGAUGCAGCAACUAGUGAUGAUUACAAGAAUCCUGGCUAUUAUGACAUCCAAGCCAAGGACCUCAGCGCGUGGCACGUGCCCAACAGGACUCCGCUAAGACGAUGGAAAAGUUCAUCCCUUCAGAGAUAUCGCACGACCAAUAACUUAUUUCCCAGAGUAGGAGGAAACCUUUUCAGCUUGUUCCAGGUUGGUGCCCUAAAAUAG